AUGGACGAAAAGAGGGCAAAAUCCUGCUUAAGUCUUCUUUUUGCAAUUACAGUGUUUAUUCAAUUAAAGAAUUAUGGUGCUGCAGUCCAGGGUGGAGAUACUCUUUCCUUGGGCGCCUCGCUUGCUGGAAAUCAGACAUUAAUUUCAAAGAAUGGCACUUUUGAAUUGGGAUUCUUCAGCCCAAAUGGGAGCAAUAACUGGUAUAUUGGCAUUUGGUUUGCCAGUAUACCGGAGAAGACGAUCGUUUGGGUGGCCAACAGAGAGACUCCCGCGAGAAGCAGGCCUGGCAAUUUGAAGCUAUCAAGACAAGGUAAAUUGGGACUGUUUGAUGCAGAGGGCGCGCCUAUUUGGUCGGUCAACAUAUCCAGCAAGGCAUCUCGGGCUGUGAUAUUAGAUUCCGGUAAUUUUUUGAUGCUGAGCGAGGACAAGAAACCUGAAGCUCUUUGGCAGAGUUUCGACAAUCCUACAGAUACCUGGUUGCCUGGAAUGAGAUUCGGUGGACGGCAAAAGCUAGUCUCUUGGAAAAGCUCAUUGGAUCCCGCUCCUGGGCUUUUCUCCCAUCAAUUGGAUCCUUCUGGCGCCAAACAAAUCGUGCAAAUAUGGAAUAAUUCUGUGAAGUAUUGGGAGAGUGGAGUUUGGGACGGUAAAAUUUUCAGUCAAGUUCCAGAAAUGGCAAGCAAAGAGUUCUUCAAUGUCACCGUUGAAAUUACCAGCUCUGGUUUGUAUGUCAGUAUGAUACCGACUCACAAGAUGAAUGGGCUCACACGUUUCGUCAUGAUGAAGUCCGGAGAUACUCGACAUGCUAUGCUCGAUGGCAAUAAGUGGAUCCUGUUCUGGUCUCAGCCCAAAGAUCAGUGCGCCGUAUAUGGUCUCUGUGGCGCUUUUGGAACCUGCAACUCCAACAACCUUCACUUCUGCAGCUGCGUACAAGCCUUCACCCCAGCGGACAAUCGCGCCUGGGAUUCGCAAGAGUGGUGGUCCAGUGGCUGUGUUCGCGAGAACCCAUUAAAUUGCGGCACCAAAAAUGGCAGCACCGACGUAUUCAUCGACUCCAACUCAACGUUGUCUAGUGAUUACGCUUACUCAUACCCUGCACACACGAAAAAAGAUUGUGAGAAAGCCUGCCUCCACAACUGCUCGUGUACUGCUUAUGCUUUCAAUCCGCCUUCAGGGUCCUGCCAAAUUUGGUCAGGACAAUUGUUAAACUUGCACAAUUCUCCAUCAAAAAGCAAUUCAAAUGUCUUCAUCCGAGUAGCUGCCUCUCAUCAUCAUCGUCCUCCAAAUUUUGAUCUAUCAUCGUCCUCCAAAUUAAAAGUCGUCCUGCCUGUAGUGCUUGGUAUUGUUAGUGCUUUGUGUAUCUUUUCAUUUUUAAUGUGGAGGCGGCAGCGGCAUCGGCUACGAUCUAUGGAGAAGUGUGCAGAUUCCUCAGACUCUUUUCUUAGAAUGUUCAGUUACAAGGAGUUGAAGAUUGCAACUAGGAAUUUCAGGUCUAAGCUGGGGAGCGGAGGAUUUGGCUCAGUGUUCAAAGGAUCUUUAGCAGAAGGUACGCUUGUGGCUGUAAAGAAAUUGGAGGGUUCAAGCCAAGAUGAUAAGCAAUUCCGAGCGGAAAUCAGUUCUCUGGGAAACAUACAACAUGGGAAUUUGGUCAGGCUUCAAGGGUUUUGUGCAGAAGGAUCCAGACGGUUACUGGUUUAUGAUUACAUGCCCAACGGCUCUCUAAAUUCUCUACUCUUCAGUAAUUCCAAAAGUAAAGGAAAGGUACUCGACUGGAAGACCCGAUUCCAGAUCGCUCUAGGCACUGCACGAGCUUUAGUUUACCUCCACGAGGAAUGCAGAGAUCGCAUCAUUCACGGCGAUAUAAAGCCCGAGAACAUUUUGCUGGACGCUAAUUUUUCACCCAAGUUGGCCGAUUUCGGGUUGGCAAAGCUUGUGAGUAGAGAUCGCAGCCGCAUCCUGACAACAACGAGAGGAACGAGAGGUUAUUUGGCUCCAGAAUGGAUUUCCGGUCUUCCCAUCACUCCAAAAGUUGAUGUGUACAGUUUUGGUAUGACUCUCUUGGAAAUCAUUUCCGGGCGAAGAAAUAUUGAAUUAAACGUGCAAGAUUCAAGUAUGUAUUACUUUCCCCCGUGGGCUGCAACACAAAUUUACCAGGGGAACAUAAUUAAUAUUGUGGAGGAGGGUGUUGCAGAGGAGAAAGAUACUGAAGAGGUUAGAAGAGCAAGUAUUGUGGCAUUGCUAUGCGUUGAAAAAGAAGAGGAGAUGAGGCCAAGCAUGGGGCAAGUGGUGCUAAUGCUGGAAGGGAAGAUAGAACCUCAAACCUCUGUGCUCCUGGAUAAGCGAGCAAACCGAAGCGACAGUGAUAGCGAUAGCAAUGGUGUUGGUAAGUAUUAAUUUCGGCGACUAGACAAAGUCAAAUGGCCAAGCCGGGCAUUUAUGACAGCACUAGAUGUUUCUCAGUCAACAUUCUGGAUAUUUCUUUGUUAUUUAAUUUGAACUGCCUCACUAGAGUUGUAAAUUGUAAGUUGUAGUUGUGGAAAUCAAAUUCAUAGCAAUAAGUGAAUAUUAAAAUGGAUUGUGGAAAUCUGAUAGCAUUAGUUGUAGUUGUGUUUGUCUUUGAUA